CAAUGUCUGGAACCGGAAGCCGGGACGUGGAAGCGGGCGAAGCAUCGCUUUUGAAGAACUGGACGAAUAAAGCUUCGGAAUAUCACUCGCGAGUUCCUUACCUGAGGAAGCUCCCCUUUUCAGCUCUUGCAAUCAUCGCCACGCUCGUUGCUGUCAAUAUUCUUCUCUGGGUGGCUGUUGCCGUGGUUUUGCACUGGCAUACUCCCUUGAUAUCGACUGCUAUUCUUUCAUGGACACUCGGAUUGCGCCACGCUCUCGAUGCGGACCACAUCUCCGCCAUCGAUCUAAUGACCCGGCGCCUCAUAGCUGCCGGGCAGCGACCUGUAACAGUUGGCAUGUUCUUUUCGCUGGGCCACUCCACCAUAGUCAUAAUCACUUCCCUCGUGGUUGCAGGCACCGCAGCUGCGGUAUCAUCUAAAUUCGACAAUUUCUCGCGCGUUGGCGGAAUCAUUGGUACCUCGGUGUCAGCAGCCUUCCUCCUCCUCUUGGGCAUAAUGAAUCUGUAUAUCUUGUACAAGCUCAUAGUGCAGAUGAAACGCAUGUUGCGCUCUGACCCAGGAUCCGAACAUGCCGAAUUCAAGAUUCAAGGGGGCGGCUGUCUCUUCCCGAUACUCCAAAAGCUUUUCAAGCUAAUCGAUAAACCGUGGAAAAUGUAUCCUCUCGGCGUGUUGUUUGGCUUAGGUUUCGACACGUCGUCCGAGAUUGCUAUUCUUGGCAUAUCGUCAAUUCAAGCGUCGAAAGGUACGACGAUAUGGCUUAUUUUGAUAUUCCCGUUGCUUUUCACAGCGGGAAUGUGCUUGCUCGAUACCACGGACGGUGCACUGAUGAUGACCCUGUAUACGAGCACCCAGUUGGCGCGAGAUCCAAUCGCAAUAUGCUACUAUAGCAUUGUUUUGACUGUGAUCACCGUUAUAGUUGCAACUGUCAUUGGUAUUGUGCAGUUUUUGAAUCUUGCGCUCAACGUAGCUGAGCCUUCGGGUCCAUUCUGGGACGGCGUGGAACGCUUAGGAGAGAAGUGGGACAUCGUUGGGGGAGCGAUAUGCGGUGCAUUUCUUCUUUUUGGUGGACUGAGUGUGAUCCUUUAUAAGCCCUGGAGGCGACAUGUUGAGAAAGGGCGACUUCAGCGCGCGCAUUUCGAACCCAUGCCGACCGACGAUAGAGACGAAUUCGUGGACGAAAGCGUGCAGGAAGAGAGAGUGAACCAAAGUGCUGGGGAAACCCCGACAAAGGCCGUCGGAGUCAACGUCAAACCUGUGGAGGCUACAGAUGAAGCUGGCCCCGCCGGCUCGUCUGGGCCACAACCGUAG